GGCCUCCAGGGAGCCUGGCGGAGGUUGAAAGCGGCCCCAUUCCGUGUCGACCACCGAUUUGGACAAGCCGAUUUUAAUCAAUUAAGGGACCAAUGAGGUCGCAUCGACUGGAUUCGGGGCGGUCCGUUUCUCUAGCGCAAAUUGCAUUGCAAUUGCAGCUUGUGCUGAAUUUAGGUUGGGAGCAGAACCGAGCCGGAAGGAGGUUUUCACGGAUGGAUGGGUGGGUGAGAGCUAGGCUCGACUGGGGUUCGUUGAGAAGCUGAACUGGGCACUGGAGAGUUGCGAGAUCAGUGAUGCUACGCGAUCUUGUCCGCGCGUGUUUCGCAAGCUUUGGCGCUGUGCUCACAGUUCCCCGGAUAUCUGAUUCUGUCUCUGAAGUUGGUGGCAGUGGCGACUUCGCUCGUUCUAGAAUCUCAGCGAUCCUUUCGGUGAGAGAAAGAGAAGUCGAGAGUGUUCCCGUGUUGCAAUCUAAGCAGCUCUUCCAAUGGGACUCUUAUUCACCUCUUCUCUGACACCUCCUGUCCCGUGCGACAAUCUGUUUGAUCCUUCCUUCCGACCUCGCUUGUGCCAUGUCUGGUGUUUGGGUUCUUGUUUCAACGUCGGAAGUGGACGUGGAAGUUGAUGGCCGCCUCUCACUCGUGGAUAUAAGAAAACAAGUUAGUCAUGCGAUUUUUCGGACCUUGCACGACCUUGAGUAGGGAGGAAUUCAGAUUUUACCUGUCUAGCUGAAGGCCGACGAUAGGACCUUCGUCGUUUUGUUAGCUGUCCGGUGGUUCUUUUUCAUUUCUCCCUCUGUCUCUCAAUGCGGUGACCGAAGGACGUUCCAAGGGGAUUUCAAUCGGUUGAGAUUUCGGAAUUUUUUUCCGACACAACUUUGUUGAUGGGUAGAAUUUUGGACAGUUAAACGAUUUGCGUAGUGAGAGGUGCCAAUGGCUGGAGCCCGUGGUCCUGCUGAGACCAUGACAUCUCGCGCAGCUGUAGCUAGUGCAGGUCAGAUGCAGAGGCAACGGGAAAGAUUGGUAGCUGAAAAUGUGGCGCCCAUGCCACCGCUUGUGUGCAAGCCCUCAGAUCACAGUCUAGACUUUUCCGGCACCAAUUCUCAUCCGGUGCCUGUUAGAGAAUUCGAUGUCAGAACUCUCCUUCCUCAGAUCAAUAAUAUCAAAGAGAUUCAAGAAAUUGAAGAGGAGUGUAAAUUGACCGAGAAGACUAAAAGGUUGGUUAUCAAGCCUAUUGUCCGGGUAAAGAUGAAAAAUGCGAAUCUCAAAAGGUUGGUGAGCGGGGCCAUCGCUGGGGCUUUCUCUAGGACGUGUGUUGCUCCUCUUGAGACAAUACGAACACAUUUGAUGGUCGGGAGUGGUGGUCAGACUGUACCCGCGGUAUUUAACCAUAUUGUGGGACAAGAGGGUUGGCGCGGACUGUUCAGGGGAAACGGAGUCAAUGUAAUUCGAGUUGCUCCAAGUAAAGCCAUCGAGCUGUUUGUUUUUGACACUGUCAAGAAAGUUUUGACUUCGAAGGAUGGGGAGAAAGCUAAAAUUCCUUUCCCAAUUUCAACUGUGGCGGGUGCUACAGCAGGUGUUUGCUCUACAUUGGUUAUGUACCCACUGGAGUUGCUGAAAACUCGUUUGACUAUUCAGCGGGGGGUUUAUGACAAUCUGCUGCAUGCAAUGGUCAAGAUUUGUAGAGAGGAAGGGCCGAAGGAACUAUACAGGGGUCUAACUCCCAGUCUUAUUGGAGUAAUUCCUUAUUCCGCCGCACACUACUUCGCCUACGAUACGCUAAGGAAAAUGUACAAAAAGCACACGAAGCAGGAGAGAGUGGGAAAUCUGGCCACCUUGUUGAUUGGGUCUACGUCUGCUGCGAUGUCGAGCGCUUGUACGUUUCCUCUGGAGGUCGCACGAAAGCAGAUGCAACUGGGAGCCGUGAGCGGUAGGGUUAUAUACAGAGAUGUGUUUCAUGCCUUGACAAGCAUUCUUGAGCAACAAGGGCCCGCUGGUCUAUACCGAGGUCUUGGUGCUAGUUGCUUCAAGUUGAUACCAGCUGCGGGGAUCUCCUUUAUGUGUUAUGAGGGUAUGAAGCAGAUCCUCAUUGACGACGAAGACGAGCAGCAAAGGUAGGGUGUCGGGGCAAUUAAGCUGUUGGUUGAACCUUUCGUCCAGCCGUUCUCCAUCCAAGUAUUGUCACCCCACUGCCGAGUUAUUCUCAUCCAGUCGCUUCGCUGGGACGAGCCCUUCCGCGUCCUUCUGUUGAGAAUCAUGUGUUCCUUCUGUACGAUUUGAGUCUCGCAUUUGCCCUUGUGCAGAUUCAGAUUAUUCUGUAUUUGUAGUAGGCAUUUUCAGCGAGAUCUUGAACCGCCAUUGGUUACCAUUAUUUGUGAUCUAGCCUUUACAGCUCAUGUAUACCUUCAUUGUUACCGAGACUUAUCUAAGCCCUUUUAAAAGGGUGGGAUAUGAUUAUCCUCCUCAUAUUCGAAGCCAUGUGAAUGGCGUAAGUUUCCAUCAGCUUACUUUGUGGAAGAAGAUGGAAGGCAGUGGGCCUUUCGAGUUGAUCAGUACAAGAGAAGAUUCAAGAGGUAUAGCAUAGGGAAUUUAAGAGUGCACAAAUAGAAAUUGUGAUACACGAAGUGUGAUGGAUUGAUUCCUCCACUGUUACAAGUAUUAGCAGGGUUGAAUUUGGUUGCCUAGUUGAUAGUUUAAGGCCUCUGACGCUUACAAGGGAACGGUUCCAAGAUGAGCGAGGAAUAACAUACCCAUAGCGUUUGAAGAGUUUUUCAUUAAGCAAGGCAGAACGACUUUUAGCAGGAACUAAGAUAAAGGUAGACCCAUAUUUAGGGAGAAUACUGUGGCAGCACAUGUCACUGAAGAGUAGGCACGCAAUAGCAUAGGAAAUUAGGGAGUACUGAAGGUGACAGCAGUGAAGCAGAGCCAAAAGCAAUUGUGGGUAGUAAGAAACGUGGCGCUUAAAAUAAGUAUCGUUGUUCUGUGGAGUGGUCACCGUAGCCACCGUUUUUGUAAUUUAAGAGAACCCGAAUGUCGAUGGUUGUUUGCCAAAUGACAGAUUACAGCAAUGGAUUUCCUUGGAAUAAG